AUGUUUAUGUUAAGAAAUGUCGGUAAAUUGAUCUUUGGUGAUACAUCCAAAGAAUCUUUGAUCGAGCUACCCCAAGGCCAACUUUAUCUCGUUCGACCCCUAUCACCCAAAGGAUAUUCCGAACUUAUAUUCCGUGACGCAGCUGCGAGGAUCAGAAGAACAGGGCAAGAUUUUCAAUAUCAGCUCGUGAUUCAAAGAGCCUACGAAGAAGGCGAGGAAGAAUUGUUGGACGACGAGGCUGCGGACGACGAAGACGGCACUGCAGCUUUGACUGGGGAACGCGACGAGAAAACAUUCCUCCUAGACGAAAGUCUACAUUUCCGAUCGGAAAUUCGCGAAGGCGGUGAAAAAGUCCUUGCUUGGAGAGAUUUGAGCGGUGACGCGGGCGAUUUAUAUGAAUUUGUUUGCGACGUUUCGAUAGAGAAUAGUCAGGUUCAAUCAUUUGAACUUACAGCUGUUCAUUGUCAGUUUGAGAGAAAAUUCAGGAGAAAAUAUUUAACUGCGACCGAGGAGGAGCUGAGUCAAUUUGCCUUCGAAGAGGAAGACCCAAUUCCGCAUGCUAGUCCACCUACAAGCCCUAUAAGUUUGAGUCCUCUACAAUCGUUCCCAGCUAUCGAUCAGGCAGUUACUAGAAGUACGGCAAAUUCUGCAUUAAAGGAAACUAUGAGUCCUGUUACGAGAGGAUCAAGGGCGCCGCCUAGAAGUCCAUCACCGGUUGAAAAGAGCCCAACGAAGGCACCGGCUGUUGCUAAACACCCUGAGGCCAUCUCGGUGUUGGCAGAGGAAACCGCCGAAUUACAUUUAUUCGACUUCAUUUCUGGAACAUUUUUGAAGCAAGAUGAUGAGGUUACAGCAACUGUUACCGAGGUUGGAAAAUGGCAAUAUUGGUUACAACUUAGCAGCAAGGAUAGAGACUGGUUGGGGCAAGCUGUAAUUGCGGAUAUUAAUCCAGUUUUCAAUUUCGAAUACCUCUCCUUCAUUUUCAACGCCUACACAGCCGAUCAUCAAGCUUAUUCAUGGCUUCUUCGAUUUAAAGAUCAAGAGACAGUUACAAGGUUCCAGGAAGGUUUGAUGCAAGCUUUGUGGGAACAAUUGAAUGAAAUCAAGUGGAACAGCAGUAAGGAGGAUGAGAGAGAAUAUGUUCUUGGGGCAUUCCAGGAUCUUACUAUGGAGGAUGCCCCGGAUUUCGUCGAGGGUGAAGAGGAAGAAGAGGAAGGGAAAGAAGAAGAGGAAGAUCAAGACGAUGGACAAAGAAGCGAACAUUACGACUCUGAUGAGGAAGAUGAUGAUGUUGUCACCAAAGACGAUGACGGAAAUGUCAAUUCACAACUUGCGGUUGGAUACAAACACGACCGAUCAUUUGUCGUCAGAGGAUCUAAGAUUGGUGUCUUCAAACAUACACCUAAUAACAACCUGGAAUUCUCGACCAACAUUUCAAAAGUCCAAGCGCCAAAUGGCAAACUCUUUAAUCCAAAGAAAGUUAUGCUUCACGCUGAGGAUACGAACAUGAUUCUCCAAGAUGGAAAUAACCCAAAUUCGCUUUAUAGAAUGGAUUUGGAGUAUGGAAAGAUUGUUGAUGAAUGGAAAGUUCAUGAUGAUAUUCCUGUCAACACAUUUGCGCCCGAAAGCAAAUUCUCUCAAAUGACAGGAGAGCAAACAUUCCUUGGUCUUUCUCGAAAUGCUCUUUAUCGCAUCGAUCCUCGUCUUGCAGGCAACAAACUUGUCGACUCUGAACUCAAACAAUACGUUUCUAAGAAUGAUUUCUCCGCUGCCGCUACCACAGAAAAAGGAUACAUCGCCGUCGCUAGUAACAAGGGUGACAUUCGUAUGUUCGAUCGUCUUGGCAUCAAGGCAAAGACUCACAUUCCAGCUCUUGGUGAACCUAUCAUUGGUCUAGAUGUUAGUGCUGAUGGCCGUUGGGUUUUGGCUACUUGUCGUACUUAUCUUCUUCUCAUUGAUGCCCUUCAAAAAGAUGGUAAGGAUGAAGGCAAACUCGGAUUUGAAAAAUCAUUCGGUAAAGACUCGAAACCUCAACCUCGUCGUCUGGGUCUCACACCAGCUCACGUUGCCCAAUUCCAACAUGAAACUGGUGUUCCUCUUUCUUUCACUCCAGCUCGUUUCAAUACCGGAGAGGGGCUUACCGAAACAUCUAUCAUUACCGCUACUGGUCCUUUCAUCGUAACGUGGAAUAUGAAGAAGAUCUUGAGGGGCAGCAAGGAUACUUAUAGUAUUAAGCGUUAUGCUGAAGAAGUCAAGGCGGAUAACUUCAAAUACGGUAGUGAUAAGAAUGUUAUUGUGGCAUUGCCAAAUGAAGUGAAUAUGGUAGCGAAGCAAACCUUCAAGAAGCCAACAAGAGAAAGUAUUGCUACGCCACAUAAGGUUGGAUGGAGCAAUGGUAGAAGAGAUAGUGCGAGAAUUGGAGGUAGCAAUAGUGGAAGAUACAAGUUGGGGAGAGAAGAUGUGGUUAACAGUCCUUAUUAA